ACAACCAAACUUUACAAACCACAGAUUAUGUAAUCAAAAUUGAAAUUAAAACGAGUGUUCGAAAAAAAAACAAAAGUGACAAUAUAAAAGCGCGCGGAAAUGUUUUGUUUUUAAAAGUUGGUGCGUGCGGAGCGGCGCUCUUUCAGCCAGCGUAGGAUGAACAAGUGGGUGGCUCUGUUCUCGCUGAUCGCUGCCAACCUGGUGCAGCAGCCCGCGCCGCUAGUGAGGACCAGCAGCGGCCUGGUGCGGGGCCGCGUCAGUGAGAAUGGACGCUUCUUCCAGUACUUCGGCAUCCCGUAUGCGACCGUCAAUGAGACUAAUCGGUUUCAGGCGCCGCUGCCGCCGCCGCGCUGGGACGAUGUCUUCGAAGCAGUGGACGAGAACACGCGGUGUCCGCAGCGCAUGGUGGGCUCCGUGGUGCUGGGCGACCCCGACUGUCUGAAGGUCUACGUCUACACCCCAGUCCAUGCCAAGCCACUCGCCCGCCUGCCCGUCAUGGUCUACAUCCACGGCGGCUGCUUCUUCGAGGGCACCGGCACCGCCUUCCUCUACGGGGCAGACUACUUCGUGGAGCAGGGCGUGGUGUUCGUCGGCGUCAACUACAGGCUCAACGUUGAGGGGUUCCUUUGCCUCGGCACAAAGGAAGCGCCCGGCAACGCUGGGUUAAAAGACCAGAUCGCUGCGCUGAAGUGGAUCCAGGAGAAUAUCAGAGCGUUCGGAGGAGACCCAGAUAAUGUCACUGUGUUCGGAGAAAGCGCCGGCGCUGUUUCCACUUCCUUCUUGAUCCUGUCUCCUUCUGCCCGCGGACUGUUCCACAAGGCGAUACUCCAGAGCGGCUCCACGCUGGCGCCCUGGGGCAUCCAGCACGACCCGAUCAAGACCGCCAGCUCCCUUGCCAAAGAAUUCGGUUACGACACCAAAGAUCCCUACGAAAUUUACAGUAUUCUAUCGAAUAAGUCAGUCCACGAGCUCAUAAGUGCAAUAAAGUACUCUAAGCACAGGAACUACAUCACGGCGGAGACGCUGUUCGUGCCGUGCGUGGAGGCGUCGCUGCCGGGGGAGACCCCCGCGCUCCCCGCGCCCCCCGCGGCCCUCAUCCGCGCCGGGAACUACUCCAAGGUGCCCAUGAUCAUCGGCUUCAACGACAACGAGGGCAUAUACUUCGUCGCCAAAGACUACGGGACUUCCUUAAAAGAAGUGGACACUAAAGAGUUAUUCCAGCCCGACUUGGAAUUCCCUUCGGAAGAAGAGAGGAACAUGACAGCGGAGAGAGUGAGACAACACUACUUCUCGUCAGACAACGAGGAGAAGAUCACAGACAUGGUGGACCUCUACUCCGACUUACACUUCAAGAUGCCGGCGGUGUUCGAGUCGAGGCUCUACUCCGAGACGACGGACCAGCCGAUCUACUACUACUUGUUCAAGUACGGGGGCUACAUCAACAUGCCGAAGAUCAUAUCGCGCAUGGGGUUCCUGCGGGGGGCGUCCCACGCCGACGAGUUGUUCUACAUGUUCAAGCCGCACGCGUUCCCGCUGCCGCACCGCUACCUCGAGAACAGCAUGAUCAAGCGCAUGGUCAGCCUGUGGACCAACUUCGCCAAGUUCAGUGACCCAACACCGAAGAAGUCUGCGCUGCUUCCGCUGCGGUGGGAGCCCAGCCGGGACUCGAACCCGGUGGCGCUGGUGAUCGACAAGUCGCUGACCACUGCGCCCAUGUGGGACGAGGCGGCCGUGCGACUGUGGAACGAGACGUAUACUAAAUACAGGAGAAGAAAUUACGGGUUCGGACACUACAGUGACCUGUCUAAUGACGUCUAGUUUUAGGGAAAAGUUGACAUG